GUGACAUGAACGCGUUACCGGAAGUUGUUCUCUGAAGCUACAUACUUUAUAAGGUUUUCACCAUGGACGAAGGAGCUGAAGAUGAGACUACUUUUGUCGUGGAGGACGUCACCAAGUUAAUAAAAGACUCUAUAGAAACAACGAUUGGCACAAGCUCCUAUCAACACUUCCGUGUGAAUCAGUGGAGUACCACCAUAGUGGAGCAGUGCCUGAGUCAACUUUGCAAGCUCGGAAAGCCUUUCAAAUACAUUGUCACCUGUGUCAUCAUGCAGAACAACGGUGCUGGUCUGCAGACAGCCAGCUCAUGCUACUGGGACAACGCAACUGACGGAAGCUGUGCAGUAAAAUGGGAAAACAAGUCAAUGUGCUGCAUUGUCAGUGUUUUUGGCUUGGCUGUCUGAAUAUUAAGCUCAGCCACGUUGGCUGCAUUUACACAAUUGUAUCACGGAUGAUAAAAUAAAAGGAUCCAACUGUGCCUUUUCAUUCUCCAAGAGGUAGUUUUUUUAGAACAGCUCUUGAAACCAACAUUGCAUUCAACAUCAAAAGAUGAGGGCUCGUAAAUGUCGUAAAUAUAAGUUUGACGUGAAGAAAAGGCACCAUGUCGAUUGGAAUACAUAUUUGUUUUGGCUGUAAACAAAGGAAGAACGGCAAAUAUUUGGCAAAUUACCGGAUUGUACUGUUUAGAAAACAUAAUC